ACUCAGUGACGCACGAGACGAGUGCAUCCUCCUUUCAUUCAACUUUUAUUCCUGCGUUGCUUUGCAUCACCUAAGCAGAGAGGACUUCAGGACCGGGAGCUGUCCACUCUCUCCACUCUCUCCACUCACACGUCACGAUCACACGCGAACGCGCGCACUGACACACACACACACACACCCUUCCAGACUUGAGGCAGAGCUCUGACAUGCCGGGCUGCAGUGCAUGAAAGAGGAAAAGCGAUAAAGUGCGAGCGGAGUGCAUUCGGGUCUCAAACGCAGCCAUGGGUGUUCUGAUGUCCAAAAAGCAGCAGGUGGAGAAGGUUCAGAAAUGCAAUGCGGUCGUCUCAGCAUUUCGUGAGGGUCUGAAGAACCAGCCGAUUGUCACUCAAGCUCAUACCAACUCUGAAAGCAAAGAUGAGGCUCCAAACCAGCCAGAAUCUGACGAGACUGGGAGGAAAGAGGAGGAUGGGAAGCCUGGGCCUUCCACUGCUCUAUCGAAAGAGGAGAACAAAGCCAAUCAGGAGGCCUGGGGUCGCUUACGGGAUGGUAAAGGAGUAGAACCAGAGGAGUUAAAUAAAGUGCAUCAGCUUACGCCGCCUGCGUUUAUAAGGCCGAAGAGGCAGCCGAAUGAUGAUCAGCCCGUACAGAUCGAGCUUGGGCAGAGAGAGCAGCCAGUGAAUGAUGAGAUGUGUGAAGUGUGUGAGGUAUGGACAGCGGACGACCUCUUCCCGUGUCGGAUAUGUACGAGGGUGUUUCACGAUGGCUGCUUGAAGGAGAUCGGAUACCUGCGUGCUGACACGGUGCAGGAGAUGAGAGACACGGCUCACACCACCACGGGCUGGAGCUGCUACUACUGCGACAACGUGAACUUGCUCUUGACCGAAGAGGAGAUGUACAGCCUAAUGGAGACAUUCAAGCAGUGCAAGAUCAUCCCUGAAUCCUGUCUCGUCUCAGACGAGCUCCUGCAGUACAGACACUUUGUGUCCAAGCAGCUGUUUGAGAAGGAUCUGACGGACGAUCAGGAGGAGGAGGUUCUGGCCCAGUUCGCUGCUCUUGACCCAGAGAAGAAAGGGCAGAUAGAGUGGUCGGAUUUCCUUUAUCAUGAGUCGCUGUCAGUGCUGCAGAAAUUCCGGACAGAGAACUCCCUGGUGCGUUUGCUCUCAGCUAAAGAGCGUGACCGGGCGCGUGCCGUCUUCCAGAGUCUGGACCAGGAUAAAGACGGCGUCAUCACGGGUGGAGAGAGUCGGCGAGCUCAAACGUCAUGGUUCCAUAAGCACAGCAAAGAGCCGCAGUCCUGCAACGUCAGACUCAGGGGAUUGUGUUCUCCUGUAAUGAAUAAGGGUAUCAGUCAUGUAGGCCCGAUAUCAGAGAGCAGUCCUGCCAGCUCAAGCAGUGACAAGAGCAGAGACAAGGCCAUGGAGAAGCACGACAACAGGCCAGUGACGUGGGAUACGUUCUUGCGCGAGAGCGCAAUCUACAUCCUGGCUGCUCGACCCAACAGCAGUGCCAUGCACAUCCGCCUGCCCCUGUAAUCCCGCCAAACCCACCGUGGGGUCGCCGGUUGGGCAGCACAGCGCCCCCUAGAAGCGUGGGAUGAGUCCUAGCACUGAGAAAAGACGUGACACUCAGAGGCUGUGUAAGCCAUCGACGUACCCCGUCUCAACAGAACACUACAACUUCUAUAACAGCACACUGAAAAGGAUUUUUUGUUUAUUCUUCAGCUGUAUCUCUGGCACACGUUGUAACCCGACCAGUUUGCAGCUCAGUGCUUGGUUGGAUGAGAUGAUUGACAGCUAUUUCUGUAUGUAAGCUAUACGGAGCACUGCCAUCUACUGUGUAUAAAAUAGCAAAAGUGCACCAGAGUAUUAAACCAUGAGCCUUUAAGUAUCCAGUGUUAGUCAGUUGUGAUCGGAAUACAUGUGGGAUUACGGUGUUUGACCUGUUUUAAAGCCAUCGUGAACAAGAAAAACGUCAAAAAGGUCAUCAGUGUAGUGAGUAGCACAAGCACUAACAGCAACGAAAGCUAUCUGCAUAUAUUAUAGAAUAUAUAUAAAAUAUAUACUUGUGAAUAAUAAUAUGUAUGAUGUAUAUGUGUAUUUAUUCCUGAAUCUUACCGUUUUAAAAAAUGUUUUCGUUUUAGAUGCUCCAUGUUUGUUUGUUUGUUUGUUUGUUUGUUUGUUUUUUAAAAUGUGCUAUUAAUUCAUUGCAGUUGGCCCAAUCUGUCGAAAUCUAAGACUAAAUCAAGGGAACGUAAUUAUAAUUUAAAAAUAGCUAAUCUUCUAAUCACUGUCUUAAAUUCUCCUGAACACUCCCUAAGGGUUGAAUGUUUUAAUUAAUUUUUCCCCAGUUGAGUCCUGAUGAUAAAUACGAUGAUGAAUUGAACCUAAAACCCUUUACAGACUCUUCUUAGAAGCAAGCCAAGCUCAAUAUAUCCAUCUAUCAGCUCUUAUAAACAGUACUAAGUGGCUUCUAAAGUGAUGUGAUUUUAGAGGAUCCAGCUCAGUGUACUUGCUUCAGUGGUGAUCACCUGUUGAGUCGAUCGAAGCAGUAGGUUUGAGUGAAAGUGCAACGCUCCAAAUUUUGCAGCAGUUACUGGAAAUAAAAGCAUGGC